GUUAUUUUUGGAUUGACAUGAGCAACUCAUUUGGACACACAUAGUUCUUGGCUCUCCACUCAAUACGAUGCUACUCCGCUUAGCUCUCGGGUCUCUGGCCUCUGGUCAAUGGUAUUUACUGAAUUUAGCCCAAUCCGCGAAUGAGCCUUAUAAACCCUUAUAAAAUAUAAUCAUUCUCAUCCUAGAAACCAAAGCGACUGACCUAAACCAAAGCUGAGCCGUGAUCAGGAAUGACCUAUGCCAAAAAAUACAAGAUUACGUCUAUGCCAACUGUUCCUAGCACAGACAGGAUCUCCCAGCUACUGAAAGCGUUCAGAGUGCAUUUUUCACUCUUAUUUAGGCCAACUUUGGACAUUUUUGGGGGGUAAUUUUGGAAUAUUUUGUGCCUUUUUGUGGUUCUCUACUUUGAAGGUUUUUUUGGGUUGGCUUCUCAGACGGAUCGUACGUCAAUAUGGUGAAUUCCAGCCGCUUUUCACUUUGAAAUCCACUCGGAAUGUCUUUGGCGUAACCUACAUAAAAUGCAUCCGGAAACGGCGAAAUAUGGCCCACAGAUUAGUUUCUGCUCCUGUUUAUAGAAGAUCAAGAUAGCCGUUUCAAAUCGGAAGAAAAUCUUUUCACAUGGCAAUUUGAUUGGCUCUUGAAAGUAGCCCUAAUCUGAUUAGUGUAAUAAUAUUAAUUAAAAACAAUCUCGUGGCAUGCGUAGACGUCCCUCCCUCUGCCUGUAUACACCAUCGCGACACCUGAAAGGUAUUUUGGGGGAAAAUUUAUUCACAAACCAAUUACCGUCAAAAUUUUCAGUUACACGUCAGGCAUCCCUUGAUGACACAAAACUGAGAUGUUGCUGGAAACACAGACGAUUACGUAAACUAGCUUGACCAGUGAACGUAUGGCGUCAAGUAGAUUACUAUACAAAACAUUAACAUGUCCUUUCCAGAAGCACUUUAUUUCAUCAUUCCAUCCCUACUUUGUUUCCGGAUCUUCGCCUUUUUGGUCAAACUAUUCAUUCCUGUUCCAAAAUCACUGCACGGUCCUUGUCGGAAGCAAUGGCUUUACCACAACACCGUGGUUUCCCUUGGUCACUCGUGUAUUUCAUCUGUUUUGGCAGUGUACUGCUUUUACGAUGAACCGGCGAUGUUUACAGACAUGAUUAGGACUUGGAGCAGGCUUUCAUUCUAUGUUGUCUGCUUUUCCACAGAAAUAGACAGUGGGCAAUUUCUUCAGGCAACCAUCAGAACUAAUUUUAUUGGUAUCCUAUGUUUCAUGCAAAUGUUGUGUUUUAAUUGUGUUCGUUCUUUUCAGAGCUGCGUGGCGUGCACCUUCCCGACUUUCUCGCAGCUUUAUCUUGCGUUUCCUACUUGUUGUCUGCUUAUGGAGAUCAACAGUGUAUUCCUUCAUGUAAGAAGAUUAAUGCGCUAUCAUCAAAUGAACAAGUUCAGUCAUUUGUACCGAUUCAAUAUGAUCUUGGUACUUGUCACGUUUGUUGUUUUCCGGUUCAUUUUUGUUGUCUGGAUGGAGAAUACUGUUAUCACUCACAGACAAAAUCUCUAUUUACCGCAUUUCUUGUUUGGUUUUUUUGGAAUUAAUGGAAUGAUAACAAUCAACGUUUUUCUGUUCAUUUUCUUGUGCAAAGCAGAGUUUGGGGGGAAAACGAGAUAAGAAAAGAAAUUCCAAAUGAUGUAUUAAAUGCAGAUUCGUUACAUUAUAUGGAAAUAAAAGUUGUUGUCACUUGCGACAAG